UAAAUCUAUAAAUAGAGAGGAAAAAAACUGUUACGUACAAAGCACUUCUUGUUUAUACUGGCUGGAUGUUACACGUGCGCCCCGGCAACAGUUAUAUUUCUUUGAUUCGGAACUCUUUUGUACAUCGAAGGGGUAAACAGGGGCCGGGGUAUUAAAAUACAAUUUUUUCCCGAAAAUGGAUGCCAGAAACGUAAGAUGUUGUCUGUGCUGGUUUACCUGCCUGGCUGCUUUAAAUUUCCUGGUCGCCCUUUUGAUUGCAUACAGAACUCUUACCGGCGAGUGUGAACGAGAGGUGUGCCAUGAACACGGAACAUGCCUGACGAACAAAGACGGUUACCGAUGCCAGUGUGACCCCGGCUUUGGAGGGGACCAGUGCGAGUUCAACAUGACGUUAGCUUAUGUACCACCUGUGAUGAAUCCGGAUGAAACCUUAAAUGUGGUGACCUAUGACCCCAAGUCAAAUGGCUCAGCGGUUGUCAUACAAACGACGCCCUCCAAAACCACAGACUCACCGGAAGUUCAACAAAAGAGUAUGAGGGACCCUGGUUUCACUUCCGCUUAUUGGACCUUUAUCAUUCUCUAUGCAAUCAUUAGUACAUCGAUUUUCCUGCUAGCAUUCCUCGCUCUCAAUUACUUCAAGAGAAAAUUGUCAAAGGACUUCAAAGGAAAGGAGUACUACGGAAUUCAGUUCAAACCUGAGGCAGAUGAGGAUUUGGAAGGUCAGAGGGAACUGGUGGCUGGUGUAAUCGGCUAGGAUGCUUUGACUUACAAUCUGACUCGCCAAACUUCAAACCAAGUCGCACCUGUUGCAAAUGUGCCAUUUUAACUGCGUCAUAAUAUUGAUUUCUCUUGAAUGUUCCUAGGUUUUUUCAAGUUUAAACGUUUACUUGUACAUGGAUGGUGUGUUGUAUAGAAAUUAUUAGUAUUCAGUGAUUUUUUGUGUGUUAAAACAUGCAAUCAAGCAUGAGUACAAUGUUUUAAAUGUUGAAUGAGAUUCCAGUUUGUGCCAUAUACAUGCAUGUAUGAUAUAAGUUACAUUCACGUUGUGUUUCUAAGAUAUUACAACGGUGAAUAGUUUGUAUCAUUGUCUUUGUUUCAGUUUGAAGUGGAUUAUAUUUCAAGUACAUGAACAAACAUGCGCACAAUUUGGAUUUUUUUCCAAACAUUUGUGAUGUGUCAGUGCAUUCCUUUUCACAACGAAGUUAAGCUUCAUUCACGCGAAAAUAACGCGAUUGAUAAACUAAGUUGACAUAUUAUUUGAUAUA